AUGGUUCAUCAGUUGUCUUUAGUAUCAUCAAUUCCUCAUAAUAAAUAUUUACAAACCAUUUCUACACUACAAGCGCUUACUGGAUUAAGUCAGCCGCAAUCAAUUUCAACUUAUACAUUAUUGACAAAACCAUCAUACGCAUUUAAACCUAAAUUUGAACCAGGGAAAGUAAACCAAAUAGAACAAUAUUAUAUGAGAUGUGUCUCGACCUGGACAGGACAAAAUUUGGCAGAUGAUGGGAAUGAUAUUGAUAUUCUGGAACCUAUAAUAACUGGAGAAUCUAAUAUUAUAGUAAGGAAAUUAUUUUCAGGUGAUGAUAAUCAAAUUGAAAGAGUUUGGACUUUGCAAAUUAGUGAUAUUCCAAUAGCUGGGAAAAAUCAAGGCUGUUCUCAACAACAAAUCUAUGAAAGUACUUUGGUUCAUACUCAUACUAAUGUUGAAGUUGAAUCUAGCCCUGUUGAGAAUGAUGCAAUGGAUAUUGAUAUCGUCGAAAUUAAACAAGAACAGAACGACAACACUACUACUACUACUGAGGUGAAACAAGAACAAAAAGAAGACAAUACUAAUUCAAACGCAAAUGACAGUGUAGAUGAUGUUCCAUUAUUGAAACUUGAAGAACAUAAGUCAAAUACAACAACAGAGGUACCAAAGGAAACUCAACCUAAUGGUGAUGAUUCAGAUAUAAUGGAGAUUGAUCCACCAAAAGAAGAACAAAUUAAAGAGGAACAACCUAUCAAGGAAGGGCCAAACACAGAAGAAUCAAAACCAGAAGGGCCAAAAUUAGACGAGCCAAAGUCAGAAAUGACAAACACAGACAAGCCAAAAUCAGAAAAAUACGUCGUAAGAAAAGAUUCAUUUUUGGUGUUUCUUUCUGAUUUAGGAUAUGAAGUAAUAAAUCAGUAUUGGUUAAAAGGAAUCAGAUUCUUUUAUGGAGAUAUAAUUAUUGAAAUUUACAAGAUAUUUAUUAGAGAUGAUACAGAUUCUCAUGUUUCAACCAACGGUAUUAAGUUGAAAUUAUUAGAUGAAUCAAAUCAAUUUCAAAUUAAAACUUAUAUUAAUAUUAAUAAGUCUACAGAAAUUGAUCUAAUCAAUCUGGGAGUUAAAGAAUUGAUUAAAUUACAAGAUGCUCUUAAAAAUUUGUUUGUUUUAGAAAUACCUGAUAGAAUGUACAUGGAUAGUCGAGUUAGACAGUAA